UAUAGGUGUGAGACACCAGGGCUAAGCUAUAUGUGAAAUUUUAAAGUCACUACUUGAUCUAGCUCAUGCAAUAGUUGAGAAACAAUAUCAAAUUAUUUGUUUACUUAUUUGGCUGUAGAUCAAACCAUUGAACUUGCUAGGUAUGCCCUGUACCACUGAAUCCAUAACCCCAACCGCUAGUACCAGUUUUAAUAAUUACGUGUCUGUCCAUUUCUAGAAAGUACCGUGGAGGAGCGAAUUUUUGCAUUUAAGCACUAGAAGGCACUUAGAUAUUCAUAGAUGUCCAUCAUCUGGACUGGGGUUGUGGCUUAAGCUACUGCCUAUUAAGCAAGAGGCCCUGAAUUCAAACUCCAGUACCACCAAAAAAGAGGUUUAAAUGUUCUUUAUUGCAAAAUAUAUUAGUAUAUGUACAUACAAAAUGCUAUCUCUAUCAUAGUAAAAGUACAGUCUUAGUUCACGUAUAAAAAGCAAAUGGGAAGUUUUAAAAAGCAAAUACAGGGCUGGAGGUAUAUAGCUCAAUGGUAGAGCCUUUGCCCAGCAUGCACAAGGCCCUGGGUUUGGUCCCCAUCACAACCAAAAAAAUUAACAAUACAUUUUGAGUCAAUUUUGUACACAGUUCAUAAAUGUAAAAUCAAUUUUUAAGGGUACAUACAUUAUUUAUAGAACUUAAAAGACAAGGGACUGUAGAAGGGAAAAGGGAGUAUAUUGGAAAUUGGCAGGUAGAAUGUUGUAAGGUCUUACUAGUGUCUUAUUUCUAACUUGGGUUUUGAUCUACCCAUACUACUACCAUACUAUCCUGAAAGCCCUUGAUUUCACCUGACUUGGGUGUUUGUAUAUACCGUAGUAUAUACAUCAUGUAAUUUUACAUGAUUAAAGGGAAAUCAUUGGAGUUUAAGAAAACUUAAAGUAAUUGCUUUAAACGAGAAAAAGGAUAAUUCCAGUUAAUUUUAUUCCUAAACACCCAAAAAAAAAGUUUUUUACACAAGCAGUGAACAGGCUCUGUGUCUCAGUGCGAGACAGACAUUUCUUUCUGUAAGCUACAUAAUGAAGGAAAACAGGUUGGAACAGAAUUGGGAUGGAAUUGGGCUGGAGAUGUAGCUCAGUGGUGAGCCAUUUGGCUAGUAUGGAUGAGGUCCUGGGUUCAAAAAAAACCAAAAAAAUGAGAUAGAACUAAGGUAUGAAAGGCAUUGAAAACCAUAGUGAAGAGUUUACAUGUUAACUUCUAGGGGAGGAGUGGGUUUUUGAGCAGGAGAAUAAAAUGAUGUUUCAGGUUGAUAUUUGGUGAUGAGCUGUGAGCAUGGAUGCAUGGAAGCCAACUGAAAAGCAGGAGGGCUGAGGGUAUCGAAUAGAAUUAGGGCGGAAAGAAUAGAGGUAAGGGCUGCAUUCUGAAGGAUGAGAUGGGCAAUAGAGAAUGAAGUUGUAAUUUUUGCACUUUCACGGGGAUCAGCUUCUUUUCCUUGAUUCAGUCUUUCAAAGUUACUAGUUUUUAAAUCAGGAUUUUUUUUUUGAUGCUGUUUGUUUUGGAGGAUAGGAUCUUAAAGUUGAAACAUGAAAUAAGGAAUAUAGCACAAGUGAAUGGUUUGUGUGUCCCAGGAUCAGUCUUUUUACCUGUAAAGGUUUUCUUUUCCUUUUUUUUUUGGUGGUACUGGGGUUUGAACUCAGGUCCUUAUGUUUGCAACGAAGGCACUCUACCACUUGAACCACUCCAGUAAAGGUUUGCUUAUCUAAAAAAGUAAAUAAAAAUUUUACCUAUGUCUGAGUUUUGUGGGAACUAAAUUACAUAAAAAUAGAUGAUUAUCACAGUGUCUACUAUGGAUGGGCCAGACACUAUUUUAAAUAUUUUUAUGUGAUAGUGUUAUUUAUUAUUAAAUCUUUACAGCCUUAUGAAGUAGGUGUUUUAUUCCUGCUUUACAUGUGGGGAAAUAAACAGAGGUGUUAAGUAAAUUGCUCAAGGUUACACAGCUACUUCUUAGUCCAACCAGGAUUCACAUCAAGGCGUUUGUGAAAACUAGGAGAGUAGAAAAUUGUGGGGAGGGGGGCAGAUUUUAAGAAUGUAGAAUCCAGCUUUGAGAAAAGCUAACUUUGGUGGUUUUUUUGUUUGUCUGUUUUGUUUUUUGAGCUACUUGCCUGUCUGGUUUUGAACUGCAAUCCCAAAUAGCUAGGAUUGAUUACAGAGAGUGAGACACCAUUGCCCUGCUCAGGAAAACCAACUUUAUAUCCUAUAGCUAAAGUCAAGAGCCAGUCCUGGUAAAUAGAUAACUUUCUAUCUUGUACCAUAGGUUUCCUUAAUCAGUUUCCUGAGUAGCCUUAAUCUGAAAAUAUUUUGUGGCUAAUUGGAAGACACUAGGAGGAAGUUUUAAAUCUUAAGACUAUUCCAAGUCUCAUACGAAUAAAAGAAAAAAAAAGAAUAUUCCAAGUCUGAGUAAGAAUUCCUUCUACUGAUUAACUUGAAAUUUUCUAUCUUCUCAGCAGCUGAAAACACUCUGCAACCCUCUUAUCUCCUAUUAGCCUAAGGAUGGAGAAGUGGACUAGAAGUUGAAUCCAGAGUUGUCUGCUGGUUCUCAGCUUGAAGAAGAUUCUACAGUCCUUAUUGAUCCUUUUUCUUGGCGUUACCAUUUUUUGAAGCAAAGUUAACCUAGCUUUCUAGUUCAGCUUUCUUUUUGGCCGUCUUUUAAAAACAUUUUUUUUUCAAUCUAUAAAAUAGACAAGAGAUAGUUCUACAAUGUCCAAGUCAUUCCAGCAGUCAUCUCUCGGUAGGGACUCACAGGGUCAUGGGCGUGACCUGUCUGCAGCAGGAAUAGGCCUUCUUGCUGCUGCUACCCAGUCUUUAAGUAUGCCAGCAUCUCUUGGAAGGAUGAACCAGGGUACUGCACGCCUUGCUAGUUUAAUGAAUCUUGGAAUGAGUUCUUCAUUGAAUCAACAAGGAGCUCAUAGUGCACUGUCUUCUGCUAGUACUUCUUCCCAUAAUUUGCAGUCUAUAUUUAACAUUGGAAGUAGAGGUCCACUCCCUUUGUCUUCUCAACACCGUGGAGAUACAGACCAGGCCAGUAACAUUUUGGCCAGCUUUGGUCUGUCUGCUAGAGACUUAGAUGAACUGAGUCGUUAUCCAGAGGACAAGAUUACUCCUGAGAAUUUGCCCCAAAUCCUUCUACAGCUUAAAAGGAGGAGAACUGAAGAAGGCCCUACAUUGAGUUAUGGUAGAGAUGGCAGAUCUGCUACACGGGAGCCACCAUACAGAGUACCUAGGGAUGAUUGGGAAGAAAAAAGGCACUUUAGAAGAGAUAGCUUUGAUGAUCGUGGUCCUAGUCUCAACCCAGUGCUUGAUUAUGACCAUGGAAGUCGUUCUCAAGAAUCUGGUUAUUAUGACAGAAUGGAUUAUGAAGAUGACAGAUUAAGAGAUGGAGAAAGGUGUAGGGAUGAUUCCUUUUUUGGUGAGACCUCGCAUAACUAUCAUAAAUUUGACAGUGAGUAUGAGAGAAUGGGACGUGGUCCUGGCCCCUUACAAGAGAGAUCUCUCUUUGAGAAAAAGAGGGGCGCUCCUCCAAGUAGCAAUAUUGAAGACUUCCAUGGACUCUUACCGAAGGGUUAUCCCCAUCUGUGCUCUAUAUGUGAUUUGCCAGUUCAUUCUAAUAAGGAGUGGAGUCAACAUAUCAAUGGAGCAAGUCACAGUCGCCGAUGCCAGCUUCUUCUUGAAAUCUACCCAGAAUGGAAUCCUGACAAUGAUACAGGACACACAAUGGGUGAUCCAUUCAUGUUGCAGCAGUCUACAAAUCCAGCACCAGGAAUUCUGGGACCUCCACCUCCCUCAUUUCAUCUUGGGGGACCAGCAGUUGGACCAAGAGGAAAUUUGGGUGCUGGAAACGGAAACCUGCAGGGACCAAGACACAUGCAGAAAGGCAGAGUGGAAACUAGUCGAGUUGUUCACAUCAUGGAUUUUCAACGAGGAAAAAACUUGAGAUACCAACUGUUGCAGCUGGUCGAACCAUUUGGUGUCAUUUCAAAUCAUCUGAUUCUAAAUAAAAUCAAUGAGGCAUUUAUUGAAAUGGCAACCACAGAAGAUGCUCAGGCUGCAGUGGAUUAUUAUACAACCACACCAGCAUUAGUAUUUGGCAAGCCAGUGAGAGUUCAUUUAUCCCAGAAGUAUAAAAGAAUAAAGAAACCUGAAGGAAAGCCAGAUCAGAAGUUUGAUCAAAAGCAAGAGCUUGGACGUGUGAUACAUCUCAGCAAUUUACCCCAUUCUGGGUAUUCUGACAGUGCUGUUCUCAAGCUUGCUGAACCUUAUGGGAAAAUAAAGAAUUAUAUUUUGAUGAGGAUGAAAAGUCAGGCCUUUAUUGAGAUGGAGACCAGAGAAGAUGCUAUGGCAAUGGUUGACCAUUGUUUGAAAAAAGCACUUUGGUUUCAGGGGAGAUGUGUUAAGGUUGACCUGUCUGAAAAAUAUAAAAAACUGGUACUGAGGAUUCCCAACAGAGGCAUUGACUUACUGAAAAAAGAUAAAUCCCGAAAAAGAUCUUAUUCUCCAGAUGGCAAAGAAUCUCCAAGUGAUAAGAAAUCAAAAACUGAUGGUUCCCAGAAGGCUGAAAGUACAACUGAAGGUAAAGAGCAAGAAGAGAAAUCAGGUGAAGAUGGUGAGAAAGAUACAAAGGAUGACCAAACAGAACAAGAACCUAAUAUGCUUCUUGAAUCUGAAGAUGAGCUACUUGUAGAUGAAGAAGAAGCAGCAGCUCUUCUAGAAAGUGGCAGUUCAGUGGGAGAUGAGACCGACCUUGCUAAUUUAGGUGACGUGGCUUCUGAUGGGAAAAAGGAGCCUUCAGAUAAAGCUGUGAAAAAAGAUGCAAAUGCGAGUGCUUCAGCAGCAGCGAAGAAAAAACUUAAAAAGCGUCGUUUCCCAGGGAGUAUGGAAGGUUUUGUCACUCUAGAUGAGGUUGGUGAUGAGGAAGAUUCGGAACCUCAGAAACUUCGUAAAUCAGGCAUGGCAUUUAAAUCUGGUGACAAAAAUGAUGAUGGUUUGGUUGAAAUUAAGGUGGACAAGAUCGAAGAACUUGAUCAAGAAAACGAAGCAGCGUUGGAAAAUGGAAUUAAAAAUGAGGAAAAUACUGAACCAGGUGCUGAAUCUGCUGAGAGUUCUGAUGAUCCCAACAAAGAUACAAGUGAAAAUGCAGAUGGCCAAAGUGAUGAAAACAAGGAGGACUAUACCAUCCCAGAUGAGUAUAGAAUUGGACCGUAUCAGCCAAAUGUUCCUGUUGGUAUAGACUAUGUGAUACCUAAAACAGGGUUUUACUGUAAGCUGUGUUCACUCUUUUAUACAAAUGAAGAAGUUGCAAAGAAUACUCAUUGCAGCAGCCUUCCUCAUUAUCAGAAAUUAAAGAAAUUUCUGAAUAAAUUGGCAGAAGAACGCAGGCAGAAGAAGGAAGCUUAAGAUGUGCAAGAAGCUUACUGAUUUCAAAGAAAACAAUGGUUCUUUGUUUUUAAUGUUAACCUUUUUUAAAUAUAAUACUGAUAGUUAGGAGAAAACUUGUACUCUUUUGUUUUAGUGGAAAAAUAAUAGAUGUCUGUUCAUGUGUUAAGUGUUAUAGCAAAAAAUACACAUAUGGUUAAGUUAAUGAAAAAGUUUUGUUUCAUCAGAAUGGCAACAGACAAAAGUACUUUGUAGAGACUGACUCUGUAUGCUACUACUAAGACAACUUGCACCACUAAGAAAAAGAUAACAGGAACCAUUCAGACAAAUGAAAUUUAGUAGUUCCAAGCUUCAAAGGAAUGUCAACAAGUUUUGAUUCCAUUCAAUAAAGAACAAAACCAAUUGUAUUUUUAUUACUUUCAUGUGAAACAUUCCACAUUUUAAUCUGAGCCUUGCAGACUUUUCAUUUGGAGUUUGAAGCUGUUUUGGUUGCAUUUCAUUUUUGGAGAACGUCAUUCAUGUGAGAUUGGCAGUUCAAAUGCAGGUGCCGUUUUCUUUUAAUGUUAUGCAGUUAAGUAAUAAGAAAUAUUAAGUAAUUGGCUUUAGAUUUUGUAAUUUUUUUUCCCCCUGAGUUCCUGCUAGGUUUCGUAUUCCAGUAGUCAAUGUACUUUCAGUGAAGUGUAAAAAUGCUCUCGUUCUCUUUGACCAGUAUUAAUUUCUUAAGAUCUUACUGCUUGUCACUUGAAUCCUAUAGCUGUCAUACAUCUCUGGUAUAAGCAACAUUUGAUUUUUGAAGUGUGUGAACCAUCUCUUCAUAUUUUCAAGAUGUAAUUUUACAUUUCUGCAUUUUAAAAAGUGUGGCCAUAAUUCUAGACGCACGCUUCUAACUCAUGUACCUGCACAUGUGACCUUUGUGAACAGAAAUUUGCAUGUAUGAUCUGUGUUUACUUGUAACUCUCUGGUUAUAUACUGCUUAUAUCUGUGGAUUCAAGUUACUGAAGUGAAUACCAAUAAAAAACAAAAAUCCUAGGCCAUGUU